ACAUACUACACAACAUAAAACGGAACGAUAAUGACCCAAAACAAUUCAAUAAAUAUGAUAUAGAUCUGUAAUGACCGAAUUUAUUAUUGGGACGUGAGCUAAUUCGCAUCGCUCUCUUCUGAUCAACAACAAAUCUGUCCACCAUGAUUUCGCCCGGGAAGCUCAAGUCGGUCGACUUUUACAGGAAGAUCCCAAGAGAUUUAACUGAGGCAUCACUAUCCGGUGCGGGAUUAUCCAUAAUUGCAGCUCUUUCCAUGGUAUUUUUAUUUGGAAUGGAACUGAAUAACUAUUUAACCAUCAGCACCUCUACUUCUGUCAUUGUUGACAAGAGUACCGAUGGAGAUUACUUACGUAUUGAUUUUGAUAUAAGCUUUCCUACACUGUCGUGUGAAUUUGCAUCAGUUGACGUGAGUGAUAUACUAGGAACAAACAGGUUGAAUAUAACAAAAACAAUACGUAAAUUCUCCAUAGAUGCAGAUUUAAAACCUACUGGUGCUGAGUUUCACUCAGAACCAAUGUCAAAUUUCAUUAAGCAUGGGGAUGAAGUUGAUGAAGAAGCUGGUGAAGGUUCUGUUGCUCUAACAGCAAAUAACUUUGAUAAAUUUUCUCACCAAUAUCCAGUUUUAAUUGUCAACUUUUUUGCUCCUUGGUGCUACUGGAGUAAUCGCCUGAAACCUUCUUGGGAGAAGGCAGCCAGGACAAUACGAGAAAAAUAUGACCCAGAGUUGGAUGGACGUAUAAUUAUGGGAAGGGUUGAUUGUACUCUAGAAGGUGAACUGUGUAAGAGGCAUCAUAUCCAAGGGUAUCCAUCCAUUCGCAUAUUCCGAAAAGGAAGUGAUUUGAGGCUUGAUCAUGGACAUCAUGACCAUGAAUCUUAUUAUGGAGAUCGAGAUGCAGACAGCUUGGUUAAGAUGAUGGAAGGUUUGGUUGCACCUAUUGAACUGGAGUCUCAGAAACAGCUUCCAGGAGGUAGCAAUACAACAGAAAAUGCAAAAAGACCAGCACCAAAGGCUGGUGGAUGUAGAAUUGAAGGAUAUGUACGCGUGAAAAAGGUUCCUGGGAAUCUUAUCAUUUCAGCUCGUUCAGGAUCUCACUCUUUUGAUGCUUCUCAAAUGAAUAUGUCACAUAUUGUAUCACACCUUUCAUUUGGUAAGAAGAUUACACCUAAAGUCAUGAGUGACGUGAAGCGAUUGAUACCUUAUCUUGGAGGAAGCCAUGAUAGAUUGAAUGGCCGGAAAUUCAUUAAUCAACGAGAUAUAGGUGCAAAUGUUACAAUAGAGCAUUAUCUUCAGGUCGUUAAAACAGAAGUCAUAACAAGAGGUUCCCAUAAAUUAGUUGAGGAGUAUGAAUACACGGCCCACAGCAGUGUUGCUCAAAGUGUAUACAUACCUACUGCAAAAUUCCAUUUCGAGCUCUCACCGAUGCAGGUUUUGAUAACAGAAAAUCCGAAGUCCUUUUCACAUUUUAUCACCAAUGUGUGUGCCAUUAUUGGAGGUGUCUUCACGGUUAGUACUUCAUAUCUGUUGUUUCCUCCCUUUAUUCUUAGGAAUGCCUCUAAAUAUUCUCGUCUUUGGGUUUCAGGUAGCUGGAAUAUUGGAUUCAAUUCUGCACAACACUUUUAGAAUUAUUAAAAAAGUUGAAUUAGGGAAAAACUUUUGAGAGGCAAGUAAAGUUUCUUGAGUGUUAUCUUCCAGUACCAAGUUUAGUGCGAAAGUUUUGUUAGAUGGUGGGGGCAAGGUAUUUUAUUCAUUGUCACAACAGUUCUAUUUUACAUUCUGCAUUUAACAUGCAAUGACAAUUAUUGUGUUAUAUUGCAUGAAAAUCAUUAAAUUUGGUAGAUUAUUUUACAAUCUACAUUAAACAUGCAAUGACAAUUAGUUUGUGUUA